AUGUCAACAGUGAAGAAGCAUACCAAAACUCAUUCCACAUACGCGUUUGAGAGCAACACAAACAGUGUUGCUGCAUCUCAAAUGAGAAAUGCAUUGAACAAAUUGGUUGAUUCGGUAAAUGAUGAUACUGUCCGUAGCAAGUUUGAGAACGAAAUGGAUUCGUUCUUUUCCCUAUUUAGGAGAUAUUUGGCUGAAAAGUCUAGUGGUAAUACUUUGGAUUGGGAUAAGAUCAAAUCCCCUAGCGCGGAUGAAGUUGUGGAUUAUAAGGUCGUUGAAUCAUCUCAGGCCGAAAACGUGUCCAACUUGGAUAAAUUGGCAGUUUUGAAGUUGAACGGUGGCUUAGGUACCUCAAUGGGUUGCGUGGGUCCUAAAUCAGUGAUCGAAGUUAGGGAUGGUAACACUUUUCUUGAUUUGUCCGUUCGUCAAAUUGAGUAUUUGAAUAGACAAUACGACUCAGAUGUUCCGUUGCUAUUGAUGAACUCAUUCAAUACCGAUGCCGACACUGAACACUUGAUCAAGAAAUACUCUGCAAACAGGAUCAGAAUUAGAUCUUUUAACCAGUCAAAGUUCCCUCGUGUUCUGAGGGAUUCUUUACUACCUGUGCCACAAUCUUUCAACGAUGCAUUAGACUCCUGGUACCCACCUGGCCAUGGUGAUUUGUUUGAGUCCUUGCAUUCUUCCGGGGAAUUGGAUGCUCUAUUGGCUCAAGGAAGGGAGAUCUUGUUUGUUUCAAACGGUGAUAACUUGGGUGCUACUGUUGAUCUCAAGAUUUUAAACCACAUGAUUGAAACUGGGGCUGAAUACAUAAUGGAAUUAACCGACAAGACAAGAGCAGAUGUCAAGGGUGGUACUUUGAUCUCAUACGAUGGCCAAGUGCGUUUGCUAGAAGUUGCCCAGGUUCCUAAGGAACAUGUUGACGAAUUCAAGAACAUCAGAAAAUUCAAGAACUUCAACACCAACAAUUUAUGGAUCAACCUAAGAGCUAUCAAGAGAUUGAUUGAAUCACAAGCAUUAUCUAUGGAAAUCAUCCCUAAUCAAAAGACAAUUACUAGAAAUGGUCACGAAAUAAAUGUCUUACAACUAGAAACCGCAUGCGGUGCUGCCAUCAGGCAUUUCAAGGGUGCCCAUGGUGUUGUUGUCCCAAGAUCAAGGUUCCUUCCUGUAAAGACUUGUUCUGAUUUAUUAAUGGUCAAAUCUGACUUGUUCUUCCUAGAACACGGUGCCUUAAAGAUCGAUCCAACAAGGUUCGGUGCAAAUCCAUUAAUCAAACUAGGUUCUCAUUUCAAAAAAGUGUCCGGGUUUAACUGCCAUAUUCCUCAUAUUCCAAAGAUUAUCGAACUAGAUCAUCUAACCAUUACUGGUAAUGUUUAUUUGGGUAAAAACGUCACUCUUAAGGGAACUGUGAUCAUUGUUUGCUCUGAAGGUCAAAGAAUUGAUAUCCCUAAUGGAUCUGUUUUGGAGAACGUUGUUAUUACUGGUAACUUACAAAUAUUAGAGCACUGA